AUGACGUUUAAUAGAAAACAAGCCAGUAAGUGUACAUCUCUUGUUACCCCAGUCGGUGUGCGUUUCUCUACUCCUCCUUGUAUAAUUACACCCCCUCCUUCCACAACCCAGUCCCUCUUAAACCAUCUCUUAGGAGGUAGCCUGCAACCCUCUAUAGAUGUAGAUCCAUCUGGAAUCUCUCCUGCAUCAGCCUUCCAGAGUACCCAGCCCCUUCCAGCACACAGGGGCCAGCCUCCUACCACAGAGCAUAAGAGGGGAGUUAGAGCAUGGUCUGUGUCUGAUCCUUGCUGGCUGCCUCAUUCCCACCCUGUUCUCAGGGAUCUGGCUAUGGAUGCUGAGUGUUUGGAGUGCAUGCCCUGUGUGCAGCCUGAGCUCCCCGCUGCAGAGGAGGAAAGCAGCGGGGAGGGAGAUGAUGACAUUAUUGGCACUGAAGAGGGAAGACAGCAGCAGGAUGUGCCAAGCUCCGAGCUUUCAGAAGCCCCACAGCUGGGGGGCCACCAGGAAGGUAUGUACUCCAGGCAUCCUGCAUCCUUUCCCCCUCUCUCUGUAGGUGCUGCUGCUGAGAGCAUUGAUGGGCAACCCAGGCCCACAGGCGGCACCUGGACCACCACUCACAGCACGGUCACCUAG